AUGUAUUGUGUGUAUGUCAUGAAAUAUACUUUCCCUGAGAAUCCAUGUUUUCAUCCCUUAAUUUUUAUGACUUAUUCUUCUUCAGGUUUGGCCUUUGCGAUGCUUGCCUCACUACCACCAAUCACAGGUCUUUAUGUUGCCCUACUUCCUGUCUUUGCUUACGUUGUCAUGGGAACAUGUAAGCAUCUCUCAGUUGGUGAGUUCAUUCUUGUGUACACUUUUAAUUUCCGCGCAAUUAUAUGAUGAUUCUAAAAAUAGUUUAAAUACAGGCGCAGAAUCAAUAUACCCAAAAAUACACUGCACUUCUGAUUGGAAUUUAAUGUAUUUCUUGCAUGUUCGAAGUUGGUUUAUUUAUUAAUCAUAAAUGAAACAUCAUCUUUUAGCCUUUGACGAUGCUCGCUUAUUCGGGCAUGAAACGUUAUGCUAUCUGUCCGCAUAUUUUCAUUUAUUUCACCUUAGACUUAGUUCCAGGUCUCCACAAGCAAUCUUUAAGAGUCGACAUUUAAUCACGUGGAUACAAAAGGUCAGGGCGCUUGAGAUCAUGCUCGGAAUAAACCAAGCGCCCUGGAAUAAACAGUUACCAAACUCUCACUUCUUGUUGGCGCUUUCGAUGUUAGCAUAUAACCGCCGCCAAGCCAUGAUCACAGAAUAAAGAUCAGUAACAGACGGGCCACUUACGUCGGAAGCUUUGACGUUUCUGUCCUCGCGCAUGUCGCAUUACGCAUGUUGGCCGCCAUUUUCCUAGCCAGUCAAUGACAUUUUCUGGCUAAUAACCACGCUGUACUUGCUGGCUGCUCCGCCUUCUGGCCAGUAAACUGCAUAUUUUUGCAUAAAAAACGAGGACACGUUGCACCACUGAGUUGCCCUUCUGUUACUGAUCUUUAUUCUGUGCCAUGAUUCGCCAUCGCAAAGCAAAGCUUUUGUUUAGAACCGUCGUAAGCAAACGCAAACAUGCGAUGAAAUGUAAGAAAUGGUUCACAAAUUAAUCACAAUUACACUAUAACACCCAACGAUAAGCCGUUUGUGCUUUUAAGGCAAACGCUUUGUAAUAAAAUAUGUUUAUAUAAAAAAAAACACUUUUCUUACAAUUCCCAGUACAGAUAUGAUCUAUAGACGGGUAUUUCAAACAGCCAAUGAAUAAAUCGCACAAUUGAACAUAAAAUUGAAUAAAAUGACACCCCAAUUCACGAGUUUUUCAAACAGACAAACACUAUCAUGCACAACAACAGUCCGAAGAACCAGUGCAGCUAUUUCAGGUCUUUGAUCAAUUUACCCCGUUUUAUCCAAAUUGCACGAGAAGUAAUUAGUAUAGGUAAUCAUGCGAUGGCGAGUACAAUUAGGGAUUAAUGACAUUAAUAGUACGAGUGUGUUUGGAAAUUUUGCAAAAAUUGGACCAGCCGCCGGGGCGAGUAAAUGAAGUAAUAAAAAAGUAGGCAAUCCAAAAUCGACCAAACAGUUUUUAAUGGAUUUUUUACUUUUUAACCACUCCAGGUACAUUUGCGGUCGUAAGUAUAAUGGUUGGUAAUGUAAUAGACGGAAGGAUAAGUGGUCACUAUGCUGCAUCGCAAACUAACAUCAACGGAUCCAUGUUGAAUGAAUCCACACCAUUGACUGAAAUGUCGGGAGGGUGGAGUGCAGAAGAUAAAGAGAAAAUUAUAUUAUCGGCUACCUUGUGUUUGGUUGUUGGAAUUAUGCAGGUGAUACAGAAUUUUAUCAGUAGACGAAUUUCACGAUUAUAACGGGCAAUUUUCAAUUUUUUUAUCCCACUACAAAGUGACUGCUUUAGCAUAGAAAAGAACAUAUCAUAAAUAGCAAGAGUGUAUCAGUUGAAACGAAUCGUGAAAAAAAGGGAGAAGCUGCAAACAGUUCUUUUUUUCCCUUCUAAAGGGCAUGUAGAUGUUGCAUUGAAAGUUGCAAGCAAUAUAUAUUGUCUUGUGUAAAGUCACUUUUCCAUUCAUCGCAAGAGUCGACUCACAUGCAAGCUCGCUGCGAGUUCGUUCAAGCAAUCACAAUGUUAAUUAGAUGCAAGCACUCGCAGCGAGUUGGUUUCUGCGAUGAGUAGAAAAGAGCACUAACACUCCUAGUUUGCAACUACAGUAACAACAAAAAAUUGCGUUGCGAGUUUGAGAAAAAGUUGCAUUUGCUCCUACUUUCCAUAAUGAUGCGCGACAAGUUGCAAACCCCAUGCAUUGUAACUUGUUUCGCAAUUGAUUUUGGAAAAUUGAUCAAACAUGAAUCAGAAAAAUUCUUGUCGAUAAUUACGUUACAAAUCUUUCCUUGGCCUGGAAGCCUCAAUUGUCUUUCGUGUUCCAUACUUGUUCAUUUAACGGUUAUUGUAACUGCAUGAGUCAGCUGAAUAUUAAGUUAAUUAAAAAUAACUCUACUCUACUCUGUGUUUUAGAAUAAAGACUAACUAUAAGACUGGAUUUUUAAAUGAGAAAUUAAGUAAAAAUGUGACUGAAGUCAAGGCAGAGAGAUGAAAAUAUGAAUUUGCCGUCUCCGAAAAAAAUGCAUGUAUGAUCAUAUAUGAGAAUUAUAACAAUAAGGACACAGACGGACACGGGCCCUACGCUUGGACGACCUGCAAAUUGCUGCACCUGAAACUCAAAAUUAAAAUCCUUAACUUUUGAAAAUUAUGUUUAAUUAAGGGCUGAUCUAUACUGACUUCUAUUCCUCAGAUUAAUUUAUCGUGUUUAUCACUUUUAGACUGCUAUGGGUUUUCUACGACUUGGAUUUAUAACAAUAUUCCUAUCUGAUCCUUUAAUAAGUGGUUUCACAACAGGAGCGGCUUGUUGGGUUUUUACGAGUCAAAUCAAACACAUAAUAGCUAUAUAUCCAGAACGAUAUACUGGGCCUUUUGCCGUGAUAAAGGUACGUUAUAAACAAACAAAUUCGUUAAUAUCAGCUAUCGUUUGUGCAUGUUUACUAUAUACUCCGCCCUGACCUAAUGUGUCCAUGCAUGUAGUUUUGGAGAUAUAGGCGUUUCUGUCUAGUUAUUGCGGGAUGAUUUCAUACUGAUCAAUUAAAUGUCAUGCAAACAGCGAAAACAGAACCAUGGGCGUAGUACGGGAGGGAAAAUAUAAGGGCGGGGAAGGGGGAAUGGGGGGAGGGAGCCGGGGAAUCACUGAGGCAGACAAAAAUUUUCCCGACUACUACAACGUCUGUGAGCAGGCUAGACCUUGGUUCAUAUUGGCCGAUCAAUCAAACUUUUCUGUGCUAAACUUUAGAUUAUCUUCUCGAUUUUCAAUUUAUUUCUCCCAUUUUUUGUCAAACUUACGUUGAAAACUUGCCCAACUUAUCGAGCUUUCAACCCGCCUUGUACGCCUAUGGCUAUGGAGACAACGCUAGUAAAACAAAACCCGCGAAAUCGUUCCGUUUUUACUUCGUCUGGCCAGCUCUCAUACACGCAUGUAAGCAAGAAUAUUCUACAUUCAACUGAAUUAUUAAUAUAAAUUAAAUUAAGUUUAUGAAUUUAUUUUUUAUAUUUUUUUGAUAGACCUAUAUCUCCAUCUUCAAAAGCAUUUCCGACAUCAACUUCACUUCACUCAUAAUCGGAAUCCUCUGUACUCUUAUACUCCUCCUUUUAAAACACAUCAAUGAAAAACAUAAAGACAAAUUGAAAUUUCCAAUUCCAGCCGAGUUCAUAGUGGUCGCACUUUCAGCCGGCAUAUCUUACGGAGCAAAGCUGAAACAAAAUUAUCACAUAAAGAUCGUAGAAUCCGUUCCGCGUGGCUUGCCUCCUUUAAGCAUCCCGCGCACUGACCUCAUACCAGAAAUUAUCGUCGAUGGUUUCGUUAUUUCCGUUGUCGCUUUUGCGGUCAAUAUUUCACUCGCGAAGUUAUUUUCACAAAAGCAUGGUUACCCUAUUGAUGCUAACCAGGAACUGCUGGCAUAUGGCGUGCAGAAUAUCGUUAGUGGAUUCUUAUCGUGUUUCGUAUCGGCUGGGUCACUUGGUCGGUCGUUGAUUCAAGACAACCUUGGCCGAACACAGAUUACAAGUGUUAUAUCAUGCGCUAUUAUAUUACUUGUUUUAACAGUCUUGGCUCCAUUAUUUGAACCUUUGCCGAAUGCAGUUUUAGCUGCCAUAAUUAUCGUCGCUAUACGACGGUUGUUUAAAAACUUUAUGCUUGUGAAGCAACUCUGGAGAGUAAACAAAAUCGACGCUCUGACGUGGGUUGUCACAUGGACGGCAGUUAUUUCAUUCGGUAUAGAUUUAGGUUUGGGUAUUGGAGUAAUAUUCCAAAUUUUGUCUCUCACUUAUCGACUAUCGAAGCCGAAAUUUUGUAUUCUUGGGGAGGUUCGUGGGAUGGUCGGUGUUUAUGACGACAUCAAUCGUUACGAGGAUAUAAUGGAGCUGCCCGGCGUAGUUAUAGUACGCUUUCAGUCGGCUUUGUGUUUUAUUAACGCUGAGCGGUUUAAAGAAAAGUUGCAGAAAAGCAUUUUUCUCAAAUACAGAACAAGAACAGCAAAAAGUAAAUGUAGUUAUCCAAGGCGAUUCUAUGAAGAAAAGAUGCUCAGCCGUGAUGCCAGUAACAGUAAUGAG